AUGAGGCUCGCCGAGUGGAACUCUGGUUCGAAUCCGCUUUACGAUGUGCUCUUUCUCCCAAAGAAGAUUGAAAGAAGAGAUAUCAAAUCUAAAGAAAAGCUUGCCCGUGCAAAAGAGAGUGAAGAGAUCAAAUCCAAAGAGCCUUCAUCUCUUAAGACAAUAGAGGUAUUGUCUCAUCUCAAAACGAAUGAAGAUGAGAAGCUCAAUGGAGGAAAAUUGCUUGCUUCUAUAAAUGAUAAUUCAAUAUUCUGCUUAAUCCAAUGCUUUGCGUAUUGGUUCGGAGUGUUGUUGAGGGAGGAAAGCUUGUCUUAUGAGGUUGGCUUGGGUGAUUCAAUUGUCUGCUCCAAGUCUAAUGUCGGAAUGGGAGAAUCCAUGAUAUUCAAUAUCUCUGCAUCAUGGAGUAAAAUUGCUUCUUUAAGUGAUAGUCCGGUUGGAGAAUUCAAUAAUUCUGCUUAA